AUGACCACUAAGUUUGCCAAGUUGGAGAAGUUUGAAGGUGUCGAUUUCAGGCGCUGGAAGAAAAAGAUACACUUCAUGCUGACCACUUUGAAAGCAGCAUACGUGCUGACUACUCCAAGACUAGCAGAGCCUGCAGAAGGUGUUGUUGAGAUGGCUGAAGAGACAAGAAAGAGACAGAAGUGGGACAAUGAUGACUACAUCUGCGAAGGUCACAUUCUGAACGGUAUGUCUAAUGCUUUAUUUGAUAUCCAUAGUGAAGCCUUGUUUGCCAAGGAGUUGUGGGAUACCCUUGAACUGAAAUACAUUACUGAGGAUGCUUCUAGCAAGAAGUUUCUGGUUAGUGACUUUAAUAAUUAUAAGAUGGAAAAUUCAAGGUCUGUCACUAGACAGUACAAUCAACUCCUUGGCAUAUACGGACAAUUUAAAUUGCACAAAAUGAAUAUGGAUGAAUCCAUAGUUGUGUCCACUAUCAAUGAAAAACUGCCUCCAUCCUGGAAAGACUUCAAACAUAACUUGAAACAUCAAAAGGAGGAAAUGUCAUUGGUUCAACUUGCUAGUCACAUUCGUAUUGAAGAAUCUCUUCGUGCAAAGGAAAGUGACAAAUCUGAAAAACCCAAAGGAAAAGUUGAACCUGGACAGCCCUCGGUUCAUAUGGUUGAAAACAAACCAAGGAACCAGAACCACAAAGGACAUGGAAAACGUAAGCAUGAACAUGUCCCAGGCAACUCCAACAAAAAGAGAAAGGAUCUAGUUUGUUGGAGGUGCAAUAAAGUUGGGCAUUACAAGCGUGAUUGUCAUGUGAAUUUGGGCAACAAUGGUGCUGGAAACAGUGGAGCCAAUGGGAAAGACAACAGGUCUUCAGCCCAAGUUAAAGGAGGUCAGUGGGAACAUAAUGGAAAACUCAAUUUCUUGAGGGUGAUUAUGAGGGUGGAUAUAAAUGAAGAGAUUAAGGUUCUAGACAUUUUUGAUGACAAAGAGUUGCUCAAGCUUGCAAUUGGAAGACAAUGCAUGGAACAAGGUAAGCAGUAUAAGACUACCAGUUAUGAUGAGUUGAACCUUUGCCAAUGA